AUGGCGAUCUUCCGUCAAGCCGUUAGGCUCCUGCGCCGGCGGUCGACACUUGAGGCGGCAGGCUCGCCUCUGUUGGGAUCCCGCAGCACCGCCGUUGGCUUCGCACACCUGCGGUCGGCGAGGCUUUCCCAUCCACCACCUUCUACAGUAUCUCCUCGCUUCUUGUCCACCAAUGAACCCAGCAGCAGCAGGGUAGAUUCCCAGCUUGAGAUGCAAAAGGAGAAGAUUAAGGAAGAGCUGAUCAAUAUCUACGUCAGGAUUCACUGCAAGGGCUCGGGCACCCCUGAUCCUUCGAAGGCCAAGGUCGAGCUGAACGAGGCACUUGGGAAGUGGGAAGCCAGCAUGGAAAAAAGAAGCAACAUUGCGAGGGACAUGGUGUCAUCAGGUGAAGGUGGAGGAGGUGCAGGUAGCACUGGCUGGACGUCCCAGCAGAUGUUGGAUCGGGUGGCUGCUCCAUUGGCCUUUGUCAUCAUGUUCUUGUAUUGCUUGCGCUGUCAAUAUCCUGUCUGAUGUCACUUACAUGUCCUUAUAUCUAGACAGUCCAGUCCGAAAUCACUUGUAUGAUGGCCGUACCGUUGAAGCUUGUGACACACUUUACUUGUUGACC